CCCCCAACCACCAACGGCCUCAAGAUGAAUGUGGAAAUCACGCCAAACUAUUCGUACAUCUUCGACUUUGAGAAUGAGUUCAUCCAUCAGGACACACGCGUCUGGAUGGUGAAGAACUGGACGUACGUGUUUUACUACUGCGGCAUCUAUAUGGCGGUGAUAUUCGGUGGCCAGUACUACAUGCAAAACAGGCCUAGAUUCGAACUGCGAGGGCUGCUAGCGAUAUGGAACACACUUCUGGCAAUGUUCAGCAUAAUGGGGGCCUGCCGGACAGCGCCCGAGCUGGUACACGUGCUGCGACAUUACGGUCUCUUCCAUUCCGUUUGCGUUCCGAGCUUUAUUGAACACGACCGUGUCAGUGGUUUCUGGACAUGGUUGUUCGUGCUGUCGAAGCUACCGGAACUGGGCGACACGGUGUUUAUCGUGCUGCGGAAGCAACCGCUCAUCUUCCUGCACUGGUACCACCACAUCACGGUGCUGAUGUACUCGUGGUUCUCCUACACGGAGUACACCGCUUCCGCCCGGUGGUUCAUCGUGAUGAACUACUGCGUCCACUCGGUCAUGUACUCGUACUAUGCGCUGCGUGCCCUCAACUUUAAGCCGCCCCGCUCGAUCGCGAUGCUCAUCACGACGCUCCAGCUGACGCAGAUGGUGGUCGGCUGUGCGAUCAACAUUUGGGCACACGGUUUCCUCCAGACGGCCGGCAAAAAUUCGUGCAACAUCUCCGAGAUGAACAUUAAGCUGUCGAUCGCGAUGUACUUUAGCUACUUUGUGCUGUUUGCCCGCUUCUUCUACAAGACCUACCUCUCGACGAACGCGCGCAAGGGCAAGCGACCGAUCCAGGUGACCGCUUCGUCGACUGCCACCAACGGACAGUACAUCGACAGCAGCACACUGACCGGCAAAUCGGACGUACAGUCACUGCUGGCCGGGCAGAUGAACAACAAGAUUAAGGCACAGUAA